AUGGCUCGGUCAGAUCUGUCCCGCAAGAUUGAGCAAGCUAGCGAUUAUGUCCAAAUGGUUAAUAUUUUGUUGAAGGAGCUGAAACUACCUGACCCGACAAAGCGGCAAGGUCUGAAGCGGUUCGCUAUCAAUUAUUCGCAGUACAGCAGGAAGAUAAACGCGUGUUACGACGCGCACAAUCAACCCGCUCAUAAGGAUUAUCUCGUCCUUGCAGUGAUUGUAAAUCUAUGGGCGAAACUUGGUGUUGAUAUGGUACUAAGAGACCGAAUUAUUGCCGACGGCAUCAUCGAGCGCAUGGCGGUAUUGCUUCAGGAGGGUCCCGAUGACACACGCCAGUCGGUAUUAUUUGCAUUGUCUACCCUAACGCACCACGGUGGAGAACAUGCACGCAAGAUGAUUGCCGUACUUACAGUCCCAGCCAUCAUCGACUUGCUUGACACACCCAAUUGCCGUGCACGAGUCGCCGAACUUGGGAUUGCAGUCUUAGCUCACUCUAUGGGUGCUGCCAUCACGGAGGGUGAACCACAUUUCCAUGAAGGGGCGGAAGUUAUCAUUCCAGCUGCUUUGCGGAGCAUCGAUGGGGUACGGAUGUUAUCUACUAUUACUGAGGCAAUACGUCGACCAGACGCCGAUGAAGAGCUUGUAUCCCAUGGGCUCGAUCUCCUACGUACCCUCGCAUUCUCCUACCGUAAGCCCCUACUCGAGACCUCGGCCGAACGUCCGCUUGUUGCUGCACUUGCCAGUCCAAAUCUCGAUGUCCGUCUACUUGGUUUAACUGGACUUCUCAGACUUGGGUCAUCCGUAACUGAGCGAGAAGGUCGACAAAUAAAUCCGCUUCAGAUAUGGAAAAUAUCUGGUAACAUGGAAGAGCAUUUUAGCCCAAAGCUCAUGGAGGCUAUGCGUAACCAGUAUGGUGGUCUCGAAGGCGGGAUGAUUGCUGAAUUAGCAGAGGAUGGUAUGGGAAUGGGAUUCGAAACCAUGGUCAACGGGGACUCUGGAGACCCCCUACAAACUGGCCGAGACCUGUGCAAAUCAAUUAUGGAAAAGGAAUUCUCUUUAGGUGCUGGGUUCCUAUAUGGGAUGGGAGGUAAUGGUACCUACACGCGUGCAAUCAGCGCCUUACGCGCCUCCAAGAACCCUUCAGACGCACAUCUUCCAGCUGUGAUCGAAAUCAAGCUUGCGAUAGCAACUGGUGACAGACAUCGAAUAUGGUCCUUAGGUGACGCUGCGAUGCAACGGUUCCCCGACGUUGGAUUCUUCUAUUAUGCACGCUCUAUUUGGACGGAGGACCCCCGUCUUGCACUGCGCUUGGCUAAAAAGGGACUGGCAUGCUCUGACUUGACGGACUAUAUUAAACGUGGGCUAUUAUUCAAGAGCGCUGACGCAGGGUACGAAAUGACGGUGGAUGGGGGGCCUCUUGAGAUCGCUCAGCCCGGAUCUCCUGCAUGGCGCGAAGGAGUAGCCAUCUUACAUUGCGCUCAGGAGGAUGCGAGGGCUUACAUCGAAAUGACCCCUAUGGAUCAAAGGAAUAUGAAGACGGCAAUUUAUAACUACAUUGCUAUCACCCUUUUAUUGGAAGGUGAUCAGAUAUUCAAAGACAUAGAGAAAAUUAGGCCCUACGUCGAGAAGCUUUCUAUUGCUGAACAAAUAUCUUCUGUCAUCCAACCUCUUGCCAAAACACAACGCAAACUUGCGAUUGAUACUAUUAUUCCUUUGUUCGCGAAACCCAUGAAGAACUGGCGUACCGUGAUCUCUCGUCUAGAUAAACCCAGCAGAGGGCACCACCGCCACUCCCAUCUCACCGAAGACGACCCUGAUCACAUUCUUGCCAAUUGGCUUGCACGAACACAAUUUGACGACGAAGAUGCGGCUCAAACUGAAUUCGCGGAUAUCAAUGCUCCGGACGACACAUCCUACGGGACAGCCUUGGCGGAUGUACUCGUCUAUCGGUGCUCCUUGUGUGGAAAUCCCAGCGCUUCGUUGAAGAGGUGUGCGAGGUGCAAGAGUGUGAGGUACUGUGAUGAUGUUUGCGCAAUUAUCGCGCAAUGCAUCUGUCAUCUCGACGUCGUCGUCAUCAUCAGCCUCGUCGCUGGUGAACACACCGCAGACACGGCCUCGUCCACUGCGACAGUUUUCGUACCAACCGUCAAGGCCCCGUUCGCCUACCGAUCAUCUUCGCGUGCACGUUCUCCCUCUCGUCCCCCGGUCUCGCCCUCCACUCCCCGUGGUUCGAGAGCACCUCCACCAGUAUGGGUUCCCAGAGAGCUCGGCCGCGCAGACAGCGACGACGACAGCGAUAGCGUAUUGCCAGCUCUUGCUCCUCCAUCUUCUCGCCGAGGCUCGGAAUCUCGUAUGCGGGCUCAGUCUCGCAAGGGCUCAGUCAGCACAGUCCGUCGAUGCGAGCAGCCUGAAACACCCAUCAUCUCCCACUCUCGAGGUCCAUCGCUGUCUGAAUUCGCACCUCCUGCCAGCCCGAAAAGUCCACCCGGUCUGCUUGCUGGGAGUCCCAAGAUCAUUCCACGUGCUCUUGUCGGCCCUGGAAAACGCAGCCGAGUUCCAAGUACGGCAUCGAGCGCCGCUGUAUUGGCUGGCCAGCUCGAGGUUGUCGGUGGUCCAUCCCAAGUUCAGACGAGUUCCAGUCUCAACCCCAACGUACCAUCCGCUGUCUCACGCACAGCAGCACCAUCUCCCACUCCUCCACCCACAGGACGUAAACGCCGCACCCAAUCCACGUCAACAACCAAGGCUCGGUCACGUUCCACUUCGGCCGCCCCACGUCAGCGACAGGCCGUCAGCGCCGCCGAUUUCGAAUUUGGUCCCGAACUGGGCAGUGGAAGUUAUAGUACCGUCGUCAAGGCAUGGCUCAAAGGCAAUACUGGCGCAAACAGCUCGAGUGCACCAGGCGUUAUGGGUGGAAUAGCAGGCGUGCUGGAAGUUUCUGAUAAGCAGUAUCUCAUCAACAAGGGCAAGGUCAAGUACGCCAACGUCGAGAAAUCCGCCCUUGCCCUCCUCGGUGCGGGAAACCAGCAUCGCGGGCACCCAGGCGUUGUCAAAUUACACUGGACGUUCCACGAUCCUACCAGUCUCUAUUUCGUCCUAGAUCUCGUGCCCAAUGGCGAACUUCUCGACCGAAUCAAGAAGCUUGGCAGCCUUACUUCGGAAGGCGCUCGUUACUAUACUGCUCAAAUCGUCGAUGCCGUAGGAUGGAUGCACAACCUCGGGGUCAUACACCGCGAUCUCAAGCCCGAAAACAUCUUGCUGGACGAGGGAUUCCGAGUGAAGAUCACUGAUUUCGGUAGUGCUCGGAUAGACCCAAUGGAAGGACAAGGGGGAGGAGUAACCAACCCCAGCAGCGUUGGACCUUCCAGCACAGCCAAUGGCGCGGUCGAUUCGGUCGUGGACCAGCCGCGCGCAAGUUCGUUUGUGGGGACUGCCGAGUACGUCAGCCCCGAGUUGUUGAUCAACAAUGUGACGAGUCGAAGUCAAGCGCUCGAGUACCAGGUGCCAGAGCAUUUCGAUUCCGUCGCGGAGGAACUUGUCAAAAACAUUCUGGUACUGGAACCUACCGCACGCCCGACCAUUGCAGCCAUUCGUAGCCACCCGUUUUUGGCGGAUACUGUGCCCACCUCCGCCCGAGUCCCAAUGGAGUUCGAAUCCGAUGAAGACGACGAUUGGAAUCGGUUUGUUGACGGAAGCAAUGAAGAAGAGGGAGGGCCCAAGGAUGUCAGCUCCUACAUGGCACGAAUGGGCUACUUUGGUCCCGGUGCCCUGCCUCAGCAAAGCACGAGCAGCGAACCUACUCCACGUGCGACCGAGCCCAGUUACAACUUCCAAGACUACAGGUUUGGGGAAGUGUCGACUGUGCCUAUCCCUGCUACUGCAGAAACUUCGCUGCUCUUGCAAGCCGAACCGGCCCCGCACUCUCGUUCGUCUAUCCCGCCGUCGCUACCGCCCAUCUUAUCCCCAGGGUUGAGCACUCUUGAAAACGAAAUCGCGGUCGAGGACGAUGAUUAUGUGCCCGAGCUCCAGUCGAAAGAACAGCGUAUACGAACAGACCCAUUGCGAGCGUCUCAUUCGUCUACCAUCUCGGGUGCUGGAACGGCAAGUUCUUCAGAAGGGAGCCCUCUCGGUUCCACGGUCGGAACAGCACGCACCGGAAGCGGAGAACGCAUGCCUGCUGCGGGUGGGGAUGUUGAGGGUUUGAGGACUGCGUUGGCCGUCAUGGGACUGGGUAGUGACUCAGAGCGACUGACGUCUGCGCUCGCGCCAGGCGAAGCCCCCAUGUUCAUGAGCAGCAUCUUGUCGCGGCCGCGGCAUCGACUGACGGCCGUCCUCCCCUCCAAGCGCCGGAUUCUUAUACUCACUACUACACCGCGCCUGUUGUGUAUCAAGGAGGAACGCGAUCGGGUGGUUGUUAAAUUCGCCUUGUUGUUUUCUGGUCGCGAAGCACCUCAACCGCCGUCCAACGCACGGGGCCGGUCUAUAGCCAGAUGGAAGCAGCAACCCUCCACGUCGUCCGCAUCUACUCAGAGCACAGAUCGUGGAGGAGACAUUCAGAAUGUGGAGACCAAGGGGGAGAAGAGUUUUAUUAUUCAGACUCUGUCCAAGAUUUAUACCUUUGUAGCAGAUAAUUCAGAAGAAGCCCAACGAUGGGUCCAACAAAUCAAGGCCGUCCAGCAGGCCCAAAUUCAACGCCGACGUAGUAGCAGGCUCUCAACUCGGCCGACUGUCAUCGUUUGA